AUGACUUCUGGAUUAUGGCGAAUUUCUGACAAGACUUUAACAAGCGCUAAAAAGCGAUUAACUUCAGGAACUGUAAAUAAACGUAAACGUACGGUCGCAAGAGACAAUGUAACAGCAGAACAAGGCAUUUGGACCACCUCAAUAUUCCAACGUUUCAAUAUUUAUAAGAUGAUGAAUUUUAUGUUAUUUGACAUCUUUUCACAUGAUAUCAAUCUUGAAUUCUUCGAAUUUGAUUUAAUCAAGAACGUGAUAAGAGCAAGGACAAAGGAGGAGGAAUUUAGCAAAGACACAAUUUUAAAUUCCUGA